AAUGAAUGCGUCUAUGCGCAGUGUCUGUGCGCAGUAAGACAGGCGAGCACCGCGUCCUGGUGGUGGUGUAGCUGGUGUAGCUGGUGGUGUUGUUGCCGCCAUAGCAGCCGCAGACGUCAUCGCCUCCGAUCCUUUCAGCACCGGACAGCGACCGGAGCCCCGCGCAGCCGCACGUACGGCGGUGCGGCCCCUUCUCGGGCGAGGGCGAUGCGCGUCUAGAUGACAUCACCACAGCCACUGGACUGAUUUAGCGGCGCCACACCCCCUCCUCCUCCUCUUCCUCCUCCUCCUCCUCUCCCCCCAGCAGGCACCAUGGGGAACCGAGGCAUGGAGGAACUGAUCCCGCUGGUGAACAAGCUGCAGGAUGCCUUCAGCUCCAUCGGCCAGGCCUGCAACCUGGACCUGCCGCAGAUCGCCGUGGUGGGGGGACAGAGCGCAGGCAAGAGCUCCGUGCUGGAGAACUUUGUGGGCAGGGACUUCCUGCCCCGUGGGUCCGGCAUCGUCACCCGCAGGCCUCUGGUCCUGCAGCUCAUCAGUGCCAGUGCAGAGUGGGCCGAGUUUCUCCACUGCAAAGGGAAGAAGUUCACCGACUUCGACGAGGUGCGCCAGGAGAUCGAGGCGGAGACGGACCGAGCCACCGGCGGCAACAAGGGCAUCUCUCCCGUGCCCAUCAACCUACGCGUCUACUCCCCCAACGUUCUCAACCUGACUCUCAUCGACCUGCCGGGCAUCACCAAGGUGCCGGUGGGAGACCAGCCCGCCGACAUCGAGCAGCAGAUCAGGGAAAUGAUCAUGCAGUUCAUCACCAGGGAGAGCUGCCUGGUCCUGGCCGUCACACCUGCCAACUCUGACCUCGCCAACUCCGACGCCCUCAAACUGGCAAAGGACGUUGAUCCCCAAGGUCUGAGGACGAUCGGAGUCAUCACCAAACUGGACUUGAUGGACGAGGGCACAGAUGCCCGUGACGUGCUGGAGAACAAGCUGCUGCCUCUGAGAAGAGGCUACAUUGGGGUGGUGAACCGCAGUCAGAAGGACAUCGAUGGAAAGAAAGACAUCAAGGCAGCUCUGGAGGCGGAGAGGAAGUUCUUCUUCAGCCACCCGUCUUACAGGCACAUGGCGGACAAGAUGGGGACCCCCCGCCUGCAGAGGGUCCUCAACCAGCAACUGACCAACCACAUCCGAGACACCCUGCCAGCCUUCCGCAGCAAGCUGCAGUCCCAGCUGUUGGCUCUGGACAAGGAGGCGGAGGAAUACCGGGGAUACCGCCCGGAUGACCCGUCCCGCAAAACCAAGCAGCUCUUGCAAAUGGUGCAGCAGUUCUCCGUGGACUUUGAGAAGAGGAUCGAGGGCUCAGGAGACCAGGUGGACACGGUGGAGCUGUCGGGUGGAGCCAAGAUCAACCGCAUCUUCCACGAGCGCUUUCCCUUCGAACUGGUCAAGAUGGAGUGCGACGAGAAGGAGAUGCGUCGUGAGAUCAGUUACGCCAUCAAAAACAUCCACGGAAUCAGGACGGGGCUGUUCACGCCCGACAUGGCGUUCGAGGCCAUCGUGAAGAAGCAGGUCAUCAAGCUGAAGGAGCCGUGUGUCAAGUGUGUGGACAUGGUCAUCCAGGAGCUCAUCAACACCGUGCGCCAGUGUUCCCACAAGCUGGAAUGUUUCCCCAUGCUGCGGGAAGAAACCGAGAGAAUCGUCACGUCUCACAUCCGAGACAGGGAGAGUCGAGCCAAGGAACAGGUUCUGUUGGUGAUUGACAUCCAACUGUCUUACAUCAACACCAACCAUGAGGACUUCAUUGGCUUUGCAAAUGCUCAGCAGAGGAGCAGUCAGACCAACAAGAGCCAGAGUUCUGCCACCAACCAGGUGAUCCGUAAAGGCUGGCUGACCAUCAACAACAUCAGCAUCAUGAAGGGCGGGGCCAAGGAGUACUGGUUUGUGCUGACCGCAGAGAGCCUGUCCUGGUUCAAGGAUGACGAGGAGAAGGAUAAGAAGUACAUGCUGCCGCUGGACAACCUGAAGGUCCGAGACGUGGAGAAGAGUUUCAUGUCCAGCAAACACAUCUUUUGCAUCUUCAACACGGAGUCGAGGAACGUGUACAAGGACAAUCGCACACUGGAGCUGGCGUGUGACUCCCAGGAUGAUGUCGACAGCUGGAAGUCUUCUCUGCUACGUGCCGGGGUCUAUCCUGAGAAGAUUGCCACGGUGGAGAGUGAGAGCAGCAGCACCACAGACAACUUCUCCAUGGACCCCCAGCUGGAGCGCAAGGUGGAGACCAUCAGGAACCUGGUGGACUCCUACAUGGCCAUCGUCAACAAGUGCAUCAGGGACCUGAUGCCCAAGGCCAUCAUGCACCUGAUGAUCAACAACGUGAAGGAGUUCAUCAACGCCGAGCUGCUGGCCCAGCUGUACUCGGCCGGAGACCAGAACGCCCUGAUGGACGAGUCCCAGGAGCAGGCCCAGAGGAGGGACGAGGUGCUGAGAACCCACCAGGCCCUGAAGGAGGCCCUGGCCAUCAUCGGAGACAUCUCCACCUCCACCAUCACCGUGCCCAUGCCCCCGCCCGUGGACAACUCCUGGGUGGGCGACUCCAGUUCUGCUCGCAGGUCUCCGCCUCCCAGUCCCACUGGACCCAGGAGGAUGUCUGCGGGCCAGCGGCCCGGUCCUCGGGGGGCCCCGCCCCCGCCUAACCGCCCGGGACCCCUGGGACCCUUCAACAACACUGCUGACAGUCCGCAGGCCCCCAGCCGCCCAAACAGGGCCCCUCCCAGUAUCCCCAGUCGGCGACCACCGCCAUCGCCAACACGACAAGUCCCGCCAUAGACGUCCAAAGAUGGACUUCUUCUUCUUCUUCUUCUCCUUCUUCUUCUUCUUCUUCCCCUCUCAGCCAUGCUGCUGUGUUCCUUCCCUCGUGCAGAUGUUCCACUCGUGUCCCCUCACCUGCCACCAGGUGACAUGUAUCUGUGUGCCGUAUCGUCUUGUGCUGUACGUGCUCCACCUUCUAGUAUGACACCACCUCCGGGUCCCCCACCUGCUGCUUCAACUUUUGUGCUGCACCCUCCGCAUUCCCGACCACAGCUUAUGCCACACAAGCUGCUUCUUACUGCGUGUGUGUGUGUGUGUGUGUGUGUGUGUGUGUGUGUGUGUGUGUGUGUGUGUGUGUGUGUGUGUGUGUGUGUGUGUGUGUGUGUGUGUGUGUGUGUGUGUGUGUGCGU